GGCUCAGCUGUAAAAUAUGUCAGAAAAACGCCGUGAAAACCUGGACAAUCUGCGCAAGUUCUGCCGUGUGAAGACCUCCAGGGUCCCACCCAGCCGCCAUGUCGUUCUCGCGCAGAAAGUCCAACAAAGAGUACCACAGAGCUCUGCAGUCCUUCGCUGAGAGUGAGGCUGUCAGUGGCGGAGAGAGUGACGAUGGACUCGACACUGUUGAAUCGUCUCGAAAGGAAUUGGACCUCUCACAAUAUAUUGAAGCACUAACUCAAACACAAAGUCAGUCGCAGAGAACCGGAAAGCCAAAGUUUGCGAGUGAUGCUGUAGAUUUGCACUCUGACGAAGACGACGCGUUCGAGGCUGCCCCUGCGCAUUCGGAAACAGAAGAUGACAAGCCAGCUCCAGAAUCAGAGUGGUCCGAAGAAGACACGCUCGCCGUGUACUCUGCGUGGAAGAACCGCAAGACACUCAAACGCAAGCGUGCCGCAGCGGAGACCGUCCGCAUUCGCCAGCAGAAGAAGUCGAAGGCAGCAGUGGCAACGAGCAUUGUGGGCCGCAAGCCGCCGCCCAAGUCAAAGCUUCAAGACACGCGCGAAAUCACUUUCAGUACUGACUCUGUCGCUGACGAGGCCGACGAUGCUACCUUUCUUGAUGAUCCGAUACCCUCGUACGUCGUGUCGCGGCAGAAGACACUCAACAAAUUGCACGAAGCAGGGCUGCGUUACCCUCCUAGCUACUCGGACAUUGAUUUCUCAGACUCCGAGACUGAAGAGAAACCCCAGCUAGACGAAGCAGUCAAACCGCAGCGCAGGAAGAAGGAGACCAUACUGCGUGACUCGGGGGGCGUCAUACCAGCACCCAUAACGCAAUGGCUGCGCGACUACCAAGUCGAGGGUGUCGAGUUCCUGCACGAGCGCUUCGUCAAGCAGACCGGUGCUAUACUGGGCGAUGAUAUGGGCCUGGGAAAGACCAUUCAGGUCAUUGCUUUCCUUACUGCGGCAUUCGGCAAGACCGCUAUCAAACGCGAUGCAAAGUGCAUGCGCAAGAUCCGGCGGUCUGGCGAUGGGCGAUGGUACCCGCGUGUCCUGAUCGUGUGUCCCGGCACGCUGAUGCAGAAUUGGGAAGACGAGCUGGUUAAGUGGGGGUGGUGGGAAGUGUUCCGGUACCACGGCCAUGCUGCAGACCGCAAAGGGGUGCUGGGGGCAGCGAAGAAGGGGAUGCUGGAGAUCAUGAUCACGACGUACGACACCUACCGUAGGAACGAGAGCGAUGUGAACACAGUGGACUGGGACUGUGUCGUUGCAGACGAGUGCCAUAUGAUCAAGAGCAAGGCGUCCGAAGUCACGAUUGCAAUGAACAAGGUUAACGCAUUGUGCCGCAUUGGUCUUACCGGCACAGCGAUACAGAAUAAGUAUGAGGAGCUUUGGAACCUCCUCAACUGGGCGAGACCGGGUGCGUACGGAUCGGCGCAGGAGUGGAAGCAGACGAUCAGUCUGCCUUUGAAGUUGGGCCAGGCUCACGAUGCAACGAACGCACAGCUCGCCGACUCACGUAGCAGAGCCCAAGACCUCGUCCACAACAUCCUCCCCAGCGUUUUCCUCCGACGAAUGAAGACGCUGAUCGCCGAUCAGCUCCCCAAGAAGAGCGACCGCGUCGUCUUCUGCCAGCUCACUGAAACCCAAGCAGACGCUUAUCGAACAUUUCUCGAAAGCGAUAAAUGCGAAUACAUCCGCACUGCAAAAGAGCCCUGCGACUGCCAAUCCGGUAAACCCCGCGGCUGGUGCUGCUACACCUCCAUUCCCGAUACGGACGAGAAAUGGGCAAAGUUUAUGUUUCCCUGCAUGGCCACGCUGCAAAAGCUUGCAAACCACAUCGCUCUGAUCGUGCCCUCCUCGACCGACACCAAAGAUAAGCAAGCCAAAGACCUGCACAACCUGGAGACGGCGUGUCCCGCGACCUUCCAAGAGCUGUGGCGCAAUCGCGACGCCAUCCUCAACCAGUCGCAGCGCGAGUUCUGCGGGAAAUGGAAAGUGCUCCGCCGCCUGCUAGACUUCUGGCACGCCAACGGCGACAAAGUGCUCAUCUUCAGCCACUCCGUACGUCUUCUGCGAUUGCUCCGCGGGCUCUUCGACGUCGACGGCACAAAGUACAACUUCUCAUAUCUCGACGGGUCCAUGUCGUACGCCGAACGCAUGAAAGCGGUGGCAGACUUCAACGCCGACCCGGCUCAGUUCGUAUUUCUCAUCAGCACCAAGGCGGGCGGUGUGGGGCUGAAUAUCACCUCUGCGAACAAGGUCGUUGUCGUGGAUCCGAACUGGAAUCCGGCGUAUGAUCUGCAGGCGCAGGACCGCGCGUACCGCAUUGGCCAGACAAGGGACGUCGAAGUCUUCCGCCUCGUGAGCUCCGGCACGAUCGAGGAGAUUGUGUACGCGCGCCAGAUCUACAAACAGCAACAAGCCAACAUCGGGUACAACGCUUCUGAAGAGCGGCGCUACUUCAAGGGUGUCAUGGACACAGCGAGUAAGAAGGGCGAGCUGUUCGGGCUGGAGAAUUUGUUCACGUUCCAGGAAAAUAGCGUCCUGCUCAAGGAUAUCAUGCACAAGACCAAUGUCGCGGAGAGUAGGGCAGGUGUGCAGGCCGUGGACUUCCAAUUCGACGAGACGCAGCACCCAAGCGACUCCGAGAACGACCUCCUGAGCGACAGAGCCCUGGGUCUCGGCGCCGACGACGAUUACCUGGCCAGCAUCAAGCGCCUCGCAGACACCCUCACAACCCGUGGCGAAGUGGGGAAGACGCGCGGCCGCAAGAAAUAUCAGAAGAGACUCGGCGCUGAUCCUAUCAACGCCAUCCUCGCCAAGGCAGGUGUCCAGUACACGCACGAAAACUCCGAAGUUAUCGGGCGCUCAGAGGUCGAAGCGCGACUGGGCAAGCAAGCAAUGGAGCUGCGCAACGACAUCGACCUGAGCAAGCGGCUCGUAUUCCAGGCCACGCAAAGCCAGAGCCAGACUCAGAGUCCGGGCGUGCAUGCGCGUCCGUUGGCGUUUUCGGAGGGCGAAGAUGAAGACGACGACGAUUCCAGAGAAGUGGUUAGUGCACAGAAGACCAAGUUCCGCAUCGCGUACCGCUACAGGGCUGAUGAGCGCGUAAGGCGGAGACAGUUCUGCGCUAUGGCGGGGAGCAUGGGGUUUGACGACCCGGUCGAGUUCGCGCUGCUGGUGGAGAGCUGUACGCAGGCUGAGCGGCGGAGGAUGCUCGAGCGGUUCUAUCGGGGGCGGAGAAAGGAGAUUGAGAAGGAGAUGCUGGUGUGAUGUGGAAAAGUGAGUGAGAGAGAGAGAGAGGGAGGUGUAAAACAAGCGUUGAGCGUUGAGAUACCCCGUUCGAUAAGUAGUCGCUGGGGUGGUCUGGCAAGGCGAAGGCAAAGUCGACCGAGCUUUGAAUCCUGCCCGAGAAAUCGGCAGGGUAUCGAAGUGUGGAGAUAAACCCGUAUAGGAGGAAAGGUAUAAGAGUUUGCUUGAUCCAGUGGUGCGCGAUCGGGUGCUUUGGCGCAGUCAUGGCUGCGAACGACGGUGUCGUCGUCGUUCAG